CUUACAUCUCUUUUGUUCCACGCUGGUGCGAGCAGUGAUGCACGCUGUUAUUCUCUCCUUUUAAACGUAACUUUCGUUGAACCUUCUCGUUCUUUAAUAACUUUAGAAACACUAUUUAACCCAUAUUGACGCUACGUUUCUGAUUUCUCUCCCUUUUAAGCUUCUCUCUGACGUCUUCUCUCUUUCCUUUCCCUCUUUAUUUAUAUUCUCCCAUCCCUUCCGCUCGUGUCCACUCUCUCCAUUCUCCAAGGAAUCUCUCUCACUCUCUCACUCUCUCCUUCUUUCUCUUUUUUUCUUUCUCUUUUCUCUUUCACUUCACCGACUCCCUCCACCGUCACCCUCAAUGCUGUUAUGGCUUCGUCUGCCAUCAAGCAAACACAACACCUUAACCGCACCAAACUCCUCGUCCAACAACACACCCUUUUGAAAAACCAUCACCAUCCCAAACUCGUGCGGAUACGUGUCACCGACGCCGACGCCACGGACUCCUCCAGCGACGACGAGCAGCCCUCCGUGUCCUCCACGCGCCGCCGAGUCAAAAGCUUCGUCAACGAGAUUACCAUCCACGGCGCCGGAGUCAAAGUUGUUUCCAGGAAAAGAAAGGUAAAGUCAGGCGGUGCUCCGGCGCUUCGGCGGCGAACUGGGGCGAGGAAGUUCCGCGGAGUGAGGCAGCGGCCGUGGGGGAAGUGGGCGGCGGAGAUAAGGGACCCGUCGCGCCGCGUGCGGCUGUGGCUGGGCACCUACGACACCGCCGAAGAAGCCGCCAUUGUGUACGACAACGCCGCCAUUCAGCUGCGUGGCGCCGACGCGCUCACUAAUUUCAUAACGCCCCCGGCGGAGGACAGAAAAAGCGGUUACUGCUCCGGCGAGGAGUCUCCCAGCGAGGAGCUGCGUUCCCCUACUUCAGUUCUUCGGUGCUGUUGGGCGUCCGAGGAAGCUGAGUCGGUAACCGCAAACGACGCGGUUGGUCCGGCGAGCGAGUGCGAACAUUCAUGGUUUUCGGAGGACAGUAAGUUGAAAGAUGAGUCAGUGUUUGGUAUUCCUGAGGACGUUGUAUUCGGAUUUGAAAGCAGUUUGGAUAUGUUUGACGAGUGCGAUAAGAACGUUGCAGAGAGCAGUGGUAUAUUCUUGGGCGAUGAAUUUGAUUUGAGUGGAUGCUUUGUUACUGAGAAAGAGAAUUUAGAUUUGGGUUUUGGGUUUACGAGUUGGCAGAGAGAGUGCGAUAAUUUCCAAGACAUUGGGGAUUUGUUUGUUUGGGAUCCUCUUGUCGCUCUUUGAUUCAGACACCAUUUUCGUCUUCUAAUUCUAUCGCCAACAACCAAAUGGUUGCUAUCAGUUUUGUUUUCUGGGGUUUUAGGCAAAAAAAAAAAACAUGUUUUUCUUUUUCCUUUUAAUUUUCCUUCUCGUUUUCGAUCGACAUGGCUGUAAGGAGAGACAUUUUCUAUUCCAGCAUAUGUUUAUUAACACUGGUCGUAAAACCGUGCGUCCCACGGAGCCACCUCUGUUCUGUGUCUUGUAAUAUAUAUAAAAUCCUUCUGUCUCAUAAGUUAGUCGUUUUGUUUUAUUUAUUUAUUUAUACCAGCAAAUGGUGUUAUUUACCUUCUUGGUACACGAGUUUGCAGGUUAAAACAAA